AUGGGCCACCGAGCCAAGUACUUCACAUUAGAAGAAAAAAUGGCAGCUGCUCAUCGACAUACGCCAUUAUAUUUGCAGUCAAAACAAGGCAAACUCAUUCGACAAGCUCAGAAUGCUCGUGCCUACACUAAAUGUCAUGGUCAAUGUGGACCUCAUACAACCUCGAAGGACCUACACAACCCUCUACCUUAUUCUAUCUUGCAGUUUGCCAAUCUUCCUCUUCCCAAUUCCGAUCUCUUUUACCGAUCACUCAAUGGUUCUGACUUAAUUGAUGUUUCGGAUCUCUCUCAGUGGGACAAAGCCCCACCUUACAAUUCUCUGCCUCCAUCCGACUCACCAGAAGAACAGUGUUUCACACAGAUUCUCUUUGACAUGAUGCAUGGUCAUAAUUUGCACAUGGAAAGGGAAUCUCGAGCCCAUCAUGCAGCUACGUAUGGUGCAGGAGAAAUAUCUGAAGUUUUGAAGGAGCUCUGA